AUGUCUAAAGAGAUAUUAAACAACGUAAAUAAUGGAGUAGAAUAUUAUAGAGAAGUUGUAAGUUCUUACUUCCCAUUUGAUAAACACAAAAUGCCUGGCUACUUCUUCGCUUGUCUGUCAAAGACAAUUAAAUUCACCGCCGGGCCUUUUACGAACCUUACUGUUGCAACUUUUAUCAAUAUACUAAAAGGUGCUUACAGUUAUUACACGCUGCUUUAA